AUGUUCAAACACCAAAUCAUACCACAUGCGGUGGGCCGGUGGCGGGAGGAAGGCCGCGUCGCCGUCUGGCUGCGCGUCCCCAUCCUCCAGAGCAGGUUUGCGGCGGCGGCUGCUUCGCAAGGCUUUGCUUUCCACCACGCCGAGCAGGGCUCGUCCACCUUGACGCUGUGGCUGGGAGAAGGGCCCAGCAGGCUGCCGGGUUAUGCCACCCACCAGCUGGGGGUCGCAGGUGCCGUUCUAGAUGAAAGCACAGGAAAGGUGUUGGUCGUACAAGACAGAAAUAGGACUCUAAAUGCGUGGAAAUUUCCAGGAGGUCUGUCUAAUCCAGGCGAAGACAUUGACACAGCAGUUCGAGAGGUUUUCGAAGAGACUGGCAUUAAGUCAGAGUUCAAGUCCAUCCUAAGCAUAAGACAGCAACACAAACACCCUGGUGCCUUUGGGAAAUCGGAUAUGUACAUCAUCUGCCGCCUGACGCCUUCCUCCUUCAACAUCAGCUUCUGCCCACAGGAAUGCCUGAAGUGUGAGUGGAUGGAUCUCGAUGAGCUUGCUCGGACGAAACACGCUACUCCCAUCACCAGCAACGUAGCUAAGCUCUUGCUUUAUGGAUGCCGGGAAGGGUUUGAUAAGAUUGAUAUAACCAUGAAAGAGUUUCCAGCUGUCUACACAGGCCUGUUCUACAAACUAUACCACAGAGAGCUGCCCGAGUCCUACAGGAACAUUACAUGAUAGCAAUACAUUUCACAUUUCAUUCUAUUAAUAAUUUAGAAUUACUAUUGUAGUGUUAUUUAGACCAUAUUAAAAUUAUCCAUGGACUUCUUUUUAGGUAAUUAUUAGAAAGUAAUUAUUUACUCUAUUCUCUAAUAAGCUAUAAAGAUAUAAAUUAUUUUUAAAGGUAUAUAUUGCUAUACAUGUGCAUCAGAUUUGUUUUCCUUUACUCUGUAAAGCAAGCAUAAGGUAAAUAAAACAGCUCUAAAUAGA